AUGGGCAACAGUCAGGGUAAAGAAGCGCAAAAUCCCUCGAGGGGCGGCCACGUACGUCGAUCGAGCGCCCAAGCGUCGGCCACAUCGCCCACGAGCGCGUCGGGUCCCAGCGGAUCGUCACACGAGAGAUCAGGAAGUGGUGUAGGGCUGUACAGUGCCAGGAGUGGGAGAGGGAGCAGACAUGAUCUGUCUUUCCUCGGCAUUGGCGGUAGCGGCAACGCAGAGCGCGACCCUGCUUUGGAGCCACGGCGCGAGACGAAGGCUGAGCGAGAGGCCCGCAAGCUGGAGAAGGAGCGCGCGCUGAGGGCACAGGAGCGCGAACGCAGCAUAAAGGAAGAGGGGGUCGAUGGAGCUUUCUUGGUCACACUGGGCACAUACACUGGGCCUGAGGACUUCAGUAAACCAGUGGUGCGCCAACUGCAGAUUGAGCGACGCCUGGCUCCAUUCUGGAAGGGCCUCGAUGACCAUUCUGAUACCUGGACCGAGCACCAGCUCGUGGCUGUCGCGAACAGUCUCCCACUGCCUGCUCCUGAUGAGAUCCCACCAGAAGACCCGCCUCGACCCGCCAACCACCUCAGCCCGCAGUGGAACCCUCGCUCUUCCGACUCCAAUAUCAACAACCUCACAGUCCCCAUGGGCGCUCGCUCAAUGUCGCAGAACUCGGACCGUUCGAGCACCCUCUCGCCCUCGCAUCCUGCCUUUUCUCUCCCAUCCCCUACCUCCCCGAUCGCCCAAAACGCCACGAACACUAGUUCAUCGUCUCCAUUCUUCCGCGGACGAGCCAAGACCUUAGCUUCCCUUGCCGGCGGUUCCCGCAAUGCUUCACAGACCGAGAUGGCCCAUCAAGAACUGCAGCUACCCAAGGAUCCAUACGUCAACGGACAGAGAGUGGAAGUCUUUCUGUACAAAAACGCAUCGGAAUGCCCCAUCUGCUUCCUGUACUACCCGCCAUACCUCAACAAGACUAGAUGCUGCGACCAGCCUAUCUGCUCGGAGUGCUUUGUACAGAUCAAGCGUCCUGACCCGCACCCUCCUGAGCAUCAUGGAGAAGAACCACCUCCGAGCGAGGAGCAGCAAGAGGAGAUCCAGCUGGUGUCAGAACCUGCAGCUUGUCCGUUUUGUGUACAGCCAGAGUUUGGUGUCACCUACGAACCUCCACCCUUCAGGCGGGGAUUGAUCUACGCACAUCAGAGUCAGGGCAUGCACAGCGCGACCUCUGCAAUGUCCUCUACAGCUUCUGUCAAUUCCUCGGGUGUCACAUCUCCUGGAGGGAGGAGGAGGGCCACAUCGCUUGCGGUGAACGACAAGACGGUCAUCACAACAGACAUGGUGCGACCUGAUUGGGCAAAGAAGCUGGCAGACGCUAAGUCGCAUGCUCUGCGAAGAGCAGCUGCAGCAACAGCCUUGCAUAAUGCUGCUUACAUGAUGGGCAAUAUUCAGCAACAGGAGGCCCGAGGAUUUAGUCUCGGCAGACGGCGACGGAACAUGUUCGGCACAGAUAGUGGUGCGAGCAGCGGGCAAGGUACUCCUCGAAGGGAAGGCGAAGCAUCGUCUGGUCGUGGAGAAAGUUCUGGCGACUUGUUCUCUGGAAGGAACAGUUCGAGGCGUGGAGGAGGCAACAGACUUGACGAUCUUGAGGAGCUGAUGAUGAUGGAAGCUAUUCGCCUGAGUCUGGCAGCAGAAGAGGAGCGCAAGAGAAAGGACGACAAAGAAGCUGCCAAAGAAGCUAAGAAGGAAGAGAAGAAGAAAGCCAAGGAGAGUAAGAAGGUCGCGAAAGCGCAACGCAAUAUUGGGAGUGGCUUCCACCCUGUCAACGUCGACGGUCCGAACGACAGUGCGAGUAGUUCGUCCGCAGCAGGCAAGGGCAAGGCAGUGGAUAGGUCAGGUGGCUCUGUUGGCUUCGACCCCACGAGCGAGCCGAUCUCAACUAUCAACACGCCGUCCUCGAAAGAGUCUUUGAAAGAAGACGCACAGAAGCAUCUAAAGGACAGCCGGGCCCAUAUUCAAGGGAGCAGCUCGAGCAAUUUGGCACCGUCUGAUGUUCUGCAGCAAGGAGACUCGCCGUCACACCGAUCAGUCCUACGCAACUUGUCGAACGACUCCUCGUCUGCCUCAUCUUACUCUGAGUCAGUCCAGGAGGCGGCGCGCGAUGGCAGCCAGACCAACCUCGCGCCUGGAUCUUCAUACGAGCCAAGUCCUAGCGCGUCAGGUCUCAACCUUAGCCGAGACGAGACGCCGCCCGGGGCUUUGUCUAGCACUGAGCCCAUGUUCAAUUUCAGUGCCCUCCAGGAAACUCUCAGCCAUGAAGAUGACAAGACUGAGUAUGGCGCUCAGUUCAUCGAGGACGUAGCUGAGUCGAAGCCUGCUUUUGCACAAACUCCGAUCAAUCUCGACGGCGCAGGGCCGUCCUCAAGUCCAGUCCCUGAGUUUUCGGAGUCUGCAGAGCCUCUGGCAGAGAGCACGGUCACACUGAAGGCUUCCGACUACUCAAGCGCUUCGAAGACCGACGUCGAUGACGAUGAGAUCGAGCCCGCACCACCAGUUCGGCCUCUGUCGGGAAAUCACGCCUACGAUCAAAAACAUAUUGGGGAGGUUGGGAUGCUAGACCACAACCGUCUGAGCCAUCAAGCCACCCAGUAA